AUGUCGGAGCCUUCGUCGUCGAACGGAGCCGGUCAUGACUACACCGAAGGCGCGUCACCUCUCGAUAUACAACAGGCUGUCGCAAAUGCAAGUCUAUCAAGACAAGACUCUGGCUAUGGAGACGACGGCGACGCCAUGUUCGAUGGACCAGGGCACGCCGUCAACCCGAGCAGCGUGUCUCGUAUGACUAUGCGGGACGACGCCCGACGCAGCAGCGGGCGCGGGUCUAUGAGCCGCAGGCGCAGCGAAUGCAGCAUGAGCCGUGAGGGACGGACGUGGAGCAUGAGUAGGAGCAGGCGUGGCAGCGAGGACGUCCGGAGCGAGGAUAGGGAUGGGGAGGACGGCGACUGGUCCGACCACGAAGCUCUGUCCGGGGACGAGGGCGAUCAUGAAGUAUUCACCAGGCCGCGGGGCCGACGACGCAAAUCUCAGUCUCCUGUUGCAGCGCGGAGCAGUGUCUUCGACAACAUCGCAAGCAUCUUUGGGGGCCGCCACGCGCCGCAGACAGAGUCUCCCUCACGCAGCCGGCGGCCCAGCAUAUCGAGCCGUGCCUCGCGCACCUCGCGCACCUCACGCUCGCGGUUGUUAAGACGACACAGCAGUAGACGGUCUGACUUGAGCUCGGACUACGCGGUCGACGAUACGUCUGAGGACGGCGAUUGGGACGAACGGUGGGGGUAUACGUCGAACGAGGAGGAGUCGGACGAGGGCGAGACGGACAUCGACCGGGCGAGUUUGGCACCCUCGGGGAGCGAAAUGGAGUUUGGCUCGUACCCUCCCUCCCCAGGACCCACGCUCCCGCUGCUCGCGGGGGACCCGGUGUUUGGGUCCGAAGCGCGUAUUGAAAUGGGCGAGCUGGAGCCCCUGCCGCCCCCGCCUGCUGGGCCGCCAAGUCGGCAGACGGUGUACGUUGCGGACGAGGACGUGCACAUACGCAUAAUUGGGUACGAGCCAAUAUCUUGGAAACAAUGGCUCUGGUGGCUCUCCUGCGUAUGCACCUUCGGCGUCCUGGCUCUCCUGGGGCGGUGGUUCCCCCGGCUCUGGCUACGCUGGGUGACACGAGAACGCGCGUUCGUGGACAUCAAGCAUGGUUUUGUCGUCGUUGAGAAUAUCCUACUCAAGGAGAGGAAGACCGCAUAUAGAGACAUCGCACUUUUCCCAGUGGCGAGAAUCGACUACCCAUACGCGAUAUCCACGGCCUUUUCGACACGGCCGGAUCCCUCGCAGUACUUGCCCAGUUACAGAGCUGGCGCAUCUUUGCCUAUGCUGUCGACGUUGAUGUUCGUGGACUACCGGUACAACAGGUUCGCGCUAGAUCCCCGUACGGGGCUAUUCAGCAUGAUUCGAGAAUGGAGAGACGCCUCCUGGAUGAACAUUGCUGCGGUGCAGAAUGGGCUCUCGAAGGACGUCCAGGUGCAGAGAUCAACUCUGUUUGGUCCCAAUCUCAUCGAUAUAGAAGGCAAAUCUACCGUGUCUCUCCUCAUAGACGAGCUAGUAUAUAAGGUAAUUCAUCCCUUCUACAUCUUCCAAAUCGCCAGCAUCAUCCUGUGGUCUUUGGACGACUACUAUUACUAUGCAUUUUGUAUUGCCCUCAUUUCUGCCAUCAGUAUCAUCACGACCCUCGUGGAGACUAAACAGACUAUCGCACGGAUGCGAGAAAUGUCGAGGUUUGUCUGCAAGGUCAACGUGUAUCGAGACAGUUCAUGGCAAGAAUGCGAUUCCUCGGAUCUCGUAGCUGGCGAUAUCGUCAACCUGCUCGAGCCUCCACUUGCCACCCUCCCUGCCGACAUGUUUCUGCUCUCCGGCGACGCGAUCGUCAACGAGAGUAUGCUUACCGGCGAGAGUGUGCCGGUGAGCAAGGUCCCCAUCAAGAACGACGAUCUCGCAAAGUGGCGGGAUACCACCGACAUCGUGGGUGACAUGGCGAAGAGCUUUUUGUACUCCGGAACUCGCGUCGUGCGCAUCAGGAGCGGGUUGACCACCGACGGACGAACUGGUGCGCCAGCCUUGGGUUUGGUCGUGCGUACUGGCUUCUAUACUACGAAGGGCGCACUUGUGCGGUCCAUGCUCUUCCCUAAGCCUACAGGAUUCAAGUUCUACAGGGAUUCGAUGAGGUUUAUCGGCGUUCUGGCGGGUGUCGCGGGACUCGGCUUCCUCGCAAGCGCGGUUCAGUUCGUCCGACUCGGUGUCCGGUGGCACACAAUUGUAUUGCGCGCCCUGGAUCUCAUCACCGUCGUCGUUCCACCUGCGCUGCCAGCCACUCUCUCUAUCGGGACGAGCUUCGCCAUCGGCCGUCUGCGCAAACUGGGCAUCUUCUGCAUCUCUCCUAGCCGAGUGAACGUUGCAGGCCAGAUCAAUGUGUGCUGCUUCGACAAGACCGGCACGCUGACCGAAGACGGGCUAGACAUCCUCGGGGUCCGUGCCCCAGAACGGAACACGAACAGGUUUGGGGAGCUGCUGGAGGACAUUCACGACCUACCCACGAGCCGGGACAAGGCGAACUUCUUGCAUGCACUCUCGACGUGCCAUUCGCUGAAAAUGGUCGACGGGGAGAUCAUUGGAGACCCGCUAGACGUGAAGAUGUUCGAGUUCACCAAGUGGACGCUGGAGGAAGGUCAUGUGGCUGGCACGGCUGUUGUCAAGAACAAGAGCGGAGGAGAGCGUCCGGCGGCGCUCGUGCAGACUGUCGUGCGACCGCCUGGAAGUGCUCAGUUCCGGAUCGAGGAUGCGUUAAAGGGUGCCGGCAGGCAUGCCCAUUUCCUCGAAUUGGGCGUUAUCCGCACAUUCGAGUUCGUUUCCGCUCUACGUCGGAUGAGUGUGAUUGUCAAGCGGCUGAAGAGCACGAGCAUGGAAGUGUACGUCAAGGGCGCUCCGGAGGUUAUGGCCGAAAUCUGCGACAAAAGCACCUUUCCAUCGGAUUAUGAUGACCUACUUUCGUACUAUACCAAGCGCGGUUACCGAGUCAUCGCUAUGGCUGGCAAGAGCAUCGAAGGCCUUUCCUGGCUGAAGGCCCAGAAGCUUAAGCGAGAACAAGCGGAGUCCGGACUCCAAUUCUUGGGUUUGGUUAUUUUCGAAAACAAGCUCAAGCCAGGAACUACACCUGCCAUCCAAACACUCCGCGCGGCACAUUUCGCAUGCCGGAUGAUCACGGGCGACAACGCUCUCACAGCCGUCAGCGUUGCGCGCGAGUGUGGACUGAUCAACCCAGCCGCUCAGGUCUUUGUGCCUACGUUCAUACGAGGGAAUGCGUCCUCGCGGCUGUCGGAGCUGGAGUGGUCCAGCAUGGAGGAACCGACAUGGAAGCUCGACGACUACAGCCUGAAGCCUCUGCCCGCGCCUGCGACUAGGCUUAUCGAGAACGAAGAGCUGGAGAGCCAAGACUACACCCUCGCUGUGACAGGCGACGUUUUCCGUUGGGUCAUUAAUCAUGCGCCUCUCGAGACCAUGCAAAGGAUGCUUGUCAAGACGCAGAUCUACGCUCGCAUGUCUCCUGACGAGAAGAACGAAGUCGUCGAGCGACUGCAGAGUCUCGGCUAUAUUGUUCUCAUGUGUGGCGACGGUGCGAACGACUGUGCCGCUCUGAAGGCCGCGGAUGUCGGCCUGUCACUCUCUGAGGCAGAAGCUUCCGUGGCAGCGCCGUUCACGAGCCGGACACCUGACAUCAGCUGUGUCAUCGAGGUCAUCAAGGAAGGCAGAGCUGCGCUGGUGACAAGCUUCAGCUGUUUCAAAUACAUGGCGUUGUAUUCGCUCAUCCAAUUCACCACCAUCACCUUGCUGUAUUCAUUCGCGUCGUCUCUGGGAGAUUUCCAGUUCUUGUAUAUUGAUCUAUUCAUCAUUAUCCCAAUCGCAGUCACCAUGGGACGCACGCUGCCCUACUCCCGCAUACACCCAAAGCGACCGACAGCGAGCUUGGUGUCGAAGAAGGUACUGGCGAGUCUUGUCGGUCAGAUCUUCAUCACGUCGGCUGUCCAAUUCUGGGCGUUCUUCUGGGUGCGCUCGCAAUCAUGGUACAUACCUCCACCACCUAAUGACCCCAACUCGGACGGCGACAAGCUCGAGGCGACCAACUAUGAGAACUCUGUUCUAUUUUUGGUCUCAUGCUUCCAGUACAUCUUGGUCGCAGCUGUCUUCAGCAUUGGACCACCGUUCAGGAAGCCGAUGUGGACGAACGCCUGGUUCAUGGUCUCGUUGAUCACUUUGGGCUGUUUCAACCUGCUUGUCCUCCUGGACCCGCCAAAGCCUUUGAUGAAUUUGCUUGAGUUGAUGAACCUUCCACUAGCAGCGAGGGCGACGCUUUUGCUUGCGGUCGUCGUCAACGUGGUGACGUCGAUGGCAUUUGAGAGCUACGGCACGCAGGCGGUUUCCCGGGUGUUUGGUCUCAUAUUCGAGCUGCGGCGUCGGCAUCGCGUGAGGGAAGGCAACAUUUACAAAGCGGUAGAAGGAGGAAUGAGGUGA